AUGGCCAGCGAGCUCGCCUGCACAUACGCUGCCCUUAUCCUCCAUGAUGAUGGCAUUCCCAUCACGUCCGACAAGAUCGCGACGCUGGUGAAGGCCGCGAACGUGAACGUGGAGGCAUACUGGCCCACUCUCUUCGCCAAGCUGCUCGAGAAGCGCAGCGUGGAGGACCUCGUCUCAAACAUUGGAUCAGGUGGCGGCGGUGCCGUUGCCGCUCCUGCUGCUGCGGGCGGUGCUGCCGCACCAGCAGCUGAGGAGAAGAAGGAGGAGAAGAAGGAGCAGCUGCUGGGGGAGGAGCUGGGCAAGGGCGCGAACGGGCGCGUGUUCAAGGCGCUGGACCUGCAGAACGGCGACUUCGUGGCCGUCAAGGAGGUGUCCCUCGAGAACAUCGACCAGGACGACCUCGCGUCUGUCAUGCAAGAAAUCGAUCUACUCAAGACGUUCAACCACAAGAACAUAGUCAAGUACCUGGGUUCCAUCAAGACCAAGACGCACCUCUUCAUCCUCCUCGAGUUUGUGGAGAACGGUUCCUUGGCAGGCAUCAUCAAGCCCAAUAGAUUUGGGCCCUUUCCAGAGUGCCUUGUUGCUGUCUACACUGCUCAGGUGCUGGAGGGGCUGAUGUACCUGCACGAGCAGGGGAUCAUUCACUGCGACAUCAAGGGCGCCAACAUUCUCACCACCAAGGAGGGCCUGGUUAAGCUAGCGGAUUUCGGGGUGGCAAUGAGAGUGGAGGAGGCGGCGUCGUGCCACGGGGACGCGGAGAACCCCAACGUGGUGGGCACGCCGUACUGGAUGGCGCCCGAGGUCAUCGAGAUGUCCGGCAUCUCCCCCGCCUCCGACAUCUGGAGCGUUGGCUGCACCGUCAUCGAGCUCCUCACCACCAAGCCACCCUACUUCGACCUCCAGCCCAUGCCCGCGCUAUUCCGCAUCGUUCAGGACGACAUGCCGCCCAUACCAGAGAAUGUGUCAGCUGCCACGUCAGACUUUCUCCACCUCUGCUUCCGUAAGGACACCAAGAGCCGCCCAGACGCCAAGACUCUCCUGCGGCACCCGUGGAUUCGGCAGGCGAAGCGGGCGGUGUCGUCCGGCCUUGCUGCCAUCCCCCGCCCUGUCAGCGCCGGCUCCUCCUCCUCCUCCACCCGCCCCCUGUACCCUGAGGCGCCGUCACAAGCGGGGACAGGCAGGGGCAGCGACGAGGCAGCAGCCAUAGACGAUUCCAUCGAUGCCGCCAGGCGUGUGCAUGCCACCUCCCACGCCUCCUCCUCCUCCUCCUCGCCACCUGUCACCCUCUCCGCCUCCUCUCCGGACAGCGAACGCCGCGACCGCAAGAUCCACCUGCAAGCGGACGCGGUGAAGGACCUGAGAGAGGCAGCCAAGGCAGCACGCAAGUCACGGGCGCAGCGGCACUCCAUGGGCGGGAGCAUCGACUCUGGUGCCUCCUCUGAUCGCCCCGGGACCGCAGAGGAUGCUGGUAGUGGUGGUGGUGGUGCUGGUGCUGGUGCUGGUGGGAGUGGGGGCAGUGGGAUCAGCAGCAGCGGCAUUCCGCUCAGUGGCAGCGGGCGGCGUAAGAUUAUUAGGUCCAAGAGUGACAAGGAGCUGAAUGCGAGAGACAGCGAGGGGCAGGGGGAGGGUGGGGCGGGGGGAGGGGGCGGCAAGGACGGGGCGAGGAAGCAGAGGUGGAAGAGCGGGCAGGGUAUGGACGAGGAGGGCAGCAGGGAAUUUAUCAGCAUGCAGGGGGAAGGCGGCGUGUGGGAUGUUUCAGACGAGGAAGACGGGCUGGGGAGAGUGAAGGGGGGGAGACGGGGAGCAGGGCGGGAGAGAGAGGAGGAGGAGGAGAGCAGUGGAGAGAUAGGUCCGGGAGAGGCUCGGCAGCAGCCGAAGCUGGGGCAGUCGAGCAGCACUGGUGGAGCAGGUCUGGGUGGUGUUGGUGGCGGUGGUGGUGGGAGUGGGGCGAGCAGCGGACGAUCGAUGAGUGCGAGUCUGCCGUCGCCCCCGCGGUCCCACCGGGGGUCGCGCUCCCAGCAACAGUCUCCGGAGGGAGCGCAUGGGAGGUUGAGUUUUGAGGCGCCUCAGAAGGUGUCGCGCUCGCAGCAGCAGUCACCGGAGGGAGCACAUGGGAGGGCGAGUGGGGGGAGGUCUGGUGGGGAGAACUUUCUGGUUGGGUCUUCAGGGGAGGAGGGCGGGGCGGAUCAGGAUGAGGAGAGAAACGGCACGCCUGCUGGGAGGAAGGCGAGGCGGAGAUCGCAAGACGGGGACGGGACGGAUCGGAUGGGGGGAGCCGGGGCGGAGGGAGGAGGAGCGGGGAAGAAGGGGGCGGGGAAGAAGAAGGAGCAGCGGCGCAGCGGGCCGCUGUCAGCCCCUACGGGCAAGUCAGCAAAGGGAGCAGGAAAGAAGCGAGGCUCACAGCAACAGCAGCAGGCACAGCAGGACGACGACAGCAACAACGACAACAACGACAACAACGGCAACAGCGGCAACAUUGGCAACAUGGAUCCAAGCAGCAGCAGCCGUCUCGCGCCGCGCACGCCCCCACAGCCCAUCCCACGCCCCCUCUCCACAUUCAUCGAGACAGAGGAGGAGCGAUCUCUAUCCUCCCUCACAGCCAUGUUCUCGCCCCUGGCGGGUUCCCCCCAGGUGGCGGGCGGGAGCAGGAGCCUGGCGGGAGUGCUGAGGGAGAGGCUUGUGAGAGGGAUGCACCGCGUGGCUGUGAAGGCAGAGCGCGAGGGGAGCGACCCGUUCGCGGGGGUUGAGGGGCUGGAUGCGGUUGGGAGCGGUGCGGAGAGGGGAGAGGAGGAGGGUGGGGCUGUGGGUGUUGUUGGUGGAGUUGGGGUGGUUGGGGAGUUUGAUUCUGUGGUCUAUGGAGGGGCAGUGGGUGGAGGAGGGGCAGCAGGUGGAGGGGCGGAGCGCAAAUCGAGCCUGCGGCCAGAGUUGCUCAACCAGAAGGUAUCAGAGGCAGCGGGGCUGCUGAGCCAGCUGAAGCCGUCGCAGGGCGAGGAGGCGAUAGAAGCGGCGAGCAGCAGGCUGGCAGGGCUGGUGGGGGAGUACCCCGAGGUCAAAGGGGAGCUUGUGGCCUCCCAUGCCUUGCUGCCGCUGCUCGAUGUGUUCGAUGCUGACAGCCCCCGGAUAGUACUGUCAGUGCUGGGACUGCUGCAGCAGCUCAUCACCGACAGCCCUGCCAUCCAAAGCCUUCUCUGCAAUGCCGGACUCGUGCCCACGCUGCUGAACUUCUCCUCGCCCGGUCGCUGCUCGCCAGACAUGCGCCAUCAGGCAGGCUGUGUGCUGCGCCACCUCUGCCACUCCAGUCCGGACGCGGUGAGAGCACUGCUUGCAUGUCGAGGCCUGCCCACGCUCAUGGCGUUUCUUCUUGAGACCGAUUACUGCAACAACCGGUGGGUUCUGCUCUCCUCUGCUCUGCUCUGGCGUACGUACGCACACAUCGGGCUGGACUGGCCUGCCUUCUGGCAGUGCUGGCCUAAUCCUGAUUGUGCGGCUCGAGUUUACCUUCCGGAUGUCGACCACGAUGUGUUCAAGCAUUUCCGCCUCAUAAAGGUGGACGAGGGGAAAUCGCAGCAGUACGAGUGCAGGUACUGCUGCAAUGUUUUUUCUGGUGCCGCCAUCCGCUGCGCGCAGCACUUGGCGAGUUGGAGGAAGAUGAAGCGCCGCGAAGUGGCGCUAUGCAAGGAAGCCCCCACUGAAGCGCGGGUUGCCAUGCGGAAGAAGUACGAGGCUAAGGCUGCAGCGGCGGCUCAGCGCCGCCAGGCGACAUCGGAUGCCAUCGCGUCGGUCACCAGCAGCGGCAAGAGGAGCCGCAUUACUGACUACUUGGAGACGGGUGCGGAAGCUGGGAAGCGCGAUGCACAUGAGGCGUUGGCGCUCAUGUUCGCGGGGUGUCGCAUCCCGGAGCGCGUUGCGGAGCACCCUCUCUUCAUCAACGCCGUUCGUGCCAUUAGAGACGCCGGCACAGGAUACGUCCCACCAAACAGGCGGUUCAUCGGCGGGGCGGGCUUGCGAAUGUGCUGCGACAACAUCGACAGGGGGCUUUCUGGAGUGAAGGCGAGCUGGAAGCGGACCGGCGUGACAGUUGCUUCUGAUAUGAUGACCGAUAAGAACGGUCGCCCCCAGGCGAACGUGUUUCUCGUCAACGACAGUGGCGCGGUGUUCAAGGACAGCGUGGACUGCCGCAUGGAGACCAAAACUGGCGGUUAUGUCGCCAGCAUCCUCAGGCCCGUGGUGGAGGAGGUCGGUCCGGAGAACGUGGUGGCGUUCUGCACGGACGGUGGGUCCAACUACGCGGUGGCGUGCAACCAGUUGAUCGCGGAAUGGCCGCACAUUCAACACGUGCCUUGCGCCACCCACGUGUUGGACCUCUUCAUGGAGGACGUCGGCAAGAUGCCGUGGGCCAAGAACGUGGUGGACCCUGCGGGCGAUAUCAGCUCCUUCGUCCGCAACCACCACUGGACGAGGGGAUACUUGCGGAACCCGGAAAUGGUGGGUGCAAGGAUGCUGCAGGCGCUGAAACCGGCUGGAACAAGAUUCGGGACACAAUACAUUGUUGUGUCCCGUCUCUGUGAGCUGCGGCAGUCGCUUGCACAGAUGGUUGUGUCUGAUGUGUGGAAGGGCUGGGCAGCUGGGGAGAGGAAGAAGCCUGCGGAGAAGUUUGCAGCGCAAGUUCUUGAUGACGCGUGGUGGAAAACGGCGGAGUUUUUCUGCAAGCUGAUGAAGCUCCCGUUCUUCGCAAUGCGUAAGACCGAUGCGGAUGCCAAGGGGAUGAUGGGCCGUAUGUAUGACACAAUGUUGCAGUUGACCGAGGAUGUGGGGACAGUGGUGGAGGAGGAUGAGGAGCAGCUCUCCUACUCCGACAAAGUGCACAUCCGCCGCCUGCUGAAGAACAGGUGGGAUGGCAGCCUCGCCUGCCCCAUGCACGUUGCGGGCCGGAUUCUCAACCCGGCGAACCAGGAUGAAGACAUCUUCGGCUCAGACGCGGAGUGCACAAAGGUAUUCAAAGCGUUCAUCACUCAGCACGCCGAGCACCUCUGCAAUCACGGUAAGGAGGGGGAUGAUGGGGAUGACUUUGGCGAGGUUUUGCUGGAACUGCAGAAGGGGGUGAGGGCAUUUCUGGAUAUGAAGGGAAGCUUCGGGAUGGGGGAUGCAAUUGCUCAGAGGAGCUUGGUCAAGGAGGGCAAGUAUGACAUGGUAAAGUGGUGGCAGUGGCACGGCACUGACGCACCAAAGCUGGCGGCCCUCGCCAUCAGGACUCUCUCUCAGGCCGUGUCGGCUUCACCAUGUGAGAGGGGAUGGUCAACGUGGGAUGGGGUGCACACGGCCCGCCGGAACCGGCUUGGCUCUGCCAAGUGCCGGGAUUUGGUUUUUGUUGCGCACAACUGGAAUGUUGUGCGCAAUUGGCAUUCCCGUGCAGAUGUCAUGCCGGGUGUGGUGCUCGGGAACAUGCCGGAGCCUCCCAUGCCCGAGGGCUACAAUGUGGUGGAGGGGGACGAGGAGGAGGAGGAGGAGGGGGACGACGUCAUUCUGGAGGAUGAUGCGUUCGUGCACAUAGGGCUGGACUGCCUGCUGGUAGAGCUGGCAGCAAGGCUGGACUGCCUGCUGGCAGUGCUGGCAGCGGGGCGCCCCACCCCGCGCACCGACAUUGCGAGGCAGCUGGCGCGCAUGGGGCUGCUGCACCGCCUGCUCUCCCUCCUGCACUCCGUCUCCUCCGCCCGCAACCACCCCGCCUCUGCUGGUGCUUCUGGUGCUGGUAGUGGUGUUGGUGGGGGUGGUGAUGGUGGGGGUGAGGGAGGUGGUAGGAGCAGCUGGGAUGGCGGUGCGGCUGGCUCUGGUGGUGGCUCGGCCUACGGGUCAGGGGAUGCUUCUGCUUCUGGCUAUGGCGGAGGAGCAGGAGCAGGAGGAGGAGGGGGAGCAGCAUCAGCUGCUGCUUCUCCUGCAACCUCCUCCUCCUCAACAUCAUCUGCUGCUGCUCCUGCCGCUGCCACUCCUGCUCGGCGCUCCCAGCGCCGCAUCUUCGGCCUAGCGCAGUUCCGAAGCAAGGCAGCCAAGGCUGGACAGGGCGCGGGAGACUCGCAGGCACAAGGAGGGGCAACAUCCUCAUCAGCAGCAGCCGAAACAGGAGGAGGAGGGGGAGGAGUGGCAGGUGGUGCUGGUGGCUCUUCCAGUGGCGGAAAUGGAGUGGGUGCAAGAGCAGGGGGGUAUGGUCAUACUCUCGCCGCGACCUACGCCGUCGCCGCCGUUCCCCCCCCCUCCCGCCGCGAUUACGCCUUCCUCGCCUGCGGAUUCCACCGCCGCGAGCGCAACGCCGCUGUCCCCUCCUCCCCCCCGCCGCGCCCCCUGUCGCCGCCUCCCCUUCUCGCCGCCGCGCCUGAUUCGGCGCCGCCUGCGCAUCCUGCCGCCGCGACGCCUCGUCGCCGCCUGCCCGCUGCCCGUCCCUCCGCCGCGACGUCACGUCGCCGCGUUCCCGCCGCCGCGCCUGCUACGGCGCCGCCUGCGCAUCCUGUCGCCGCGACGCCUCGUCGCCGCCUGCCCGUCCCUCCGCCGCGACGUCUCGUCGCCGCGUUCCCGACGCCGCGCCUGCUUCGGCGCCGCCUGCGCAUCCUGCCGCCGCGACGCCUCGUCGCCGCCUGCCCGUCCCUCCGCCGCGACGUCUCGUCGCCGCGUUCCCGCCGCCGCGCCUGCUACGGCGCCGCCUGCGCAUCCUGCCGCCGCGACAACCUCGUCGCCGCCUGCCCGUCCCUCCGCCGCGACGUCUCGUCGCCGCGUUCCCGCCGCCGCGCCUGCUUCGGCGCCGCCUGCGCAUCCCGCCGCCGCGACGCCUCGUCGCCGCCUGCCCGUCCCUCCGCCGCGACGUCACGUCGCCGCCUCCCCUUCCCGUCGCCGCGCCUGCUUCGGCGCCGUCUGCCCGUCCCGCCGCCGCGACAGCUCGUCGCCCCCUGCCCGUCCCGCCGCCGCGACCUAACAUCGCCGCCUGCGCAUUCCGCCGCCGCGACUGCUCGUCGUCACCUCCCCGCCCCCACCCCCCCCCCCCCCCCCCCCCCCCCCCCCCCCGCCGCGAUUUCGCAUUGCCGCCUCCCCUCCCACCGCCGCACCUGCUUCCGCGUCACCCACGCAUCUCGCUGCCCCUUCUGCAUCGCCACCCUCCCGCAAUUUCCCCCGCCGCAACUGCAACAUCGUCGCCCCGCGGUUCCCGUUAACGCCACUGCGCCGCCGCCGCCCUACCGCCGCGACUACUUCGGCGCCGUCUGCCCAUCCUCCACCGCGACCGCGCCAUCCCCGCCCACACUUCCUGCCGCCGUGACUGCCCCGUCGCCGCCUGCAGAUUCAGCCGCAACUGCACCCUCCCUUCCUCCUCUCCCUACUCCUCUCCCCCCCCCUCCCCCUCCCCCUGCGCCCCUCGUUGCCGCGGCCUGCCUGCCGCCGCCGUCCCUCGUUUCGCCGCCGCGGCCCUUCCGCCGUCGCCUGCGCCCCUCGUCGUCGCGGCCUGCUCGCCGCCGCCGCCCCCGACUUUGCCACCGCCUCCCCUUCCCGCCGCCGCACGUUCGCACAGCCGCCUGCGCCCUUCGGCAGCAGGGGAAGUGCAGCAGCCUCCGCAGCAGCAACUUCACCCUUGGCCGCCGCGGGUCCACCCGCCGUCGCCCAUCAUGA